UUAUCCAAAUACAAUCAAAAUCUUUAUACAAGUUGAAUGAAAAUGAGAGAAACUGAUUACAUGGUUCGUUGAUCUAAUCCUUUCUCCAAUGAAAAAUUCAUUUCCAGCCUUUGUCAUCUUCUUCCUUCCUUUCAUUUUUCUUUAAAACAUUGUGAAACCAAGAAAACAAGGGAACCAACAAGCAACCUUAUCCUGCUAUUCAUAACUUGUUAAGCUUUCUGUUUUUAAACAAUUAUUUUUUGAUCAUAAGUAAUCAUCAUAAUAAACAUCUAAAAAACAACAUUAUUAUUACCACCAUCGCCAUCAUCAUCAACAUAUUAAUUAUUUAUUCUCAAUCAUGGUAACAACGUUUUCCUCGUUUCCUGAAUAUCCACCGAUUACUCUGAGAGGCAGUGAAACCCAAAUGGUUAGGUUUAUGAUAACACCUCAUUUCUCCGUCAACCUUACUUCCACUGUUUCAUAUCAAUCCGGGCGCAAUCGACUCGACAUCAGUGAUUACUCCACCUUACGCCAUUGACUACUAUCGCCUUACAACAGUUGGGUCCUUAUUCCUGUAUCUUAUUAUUUUUGGUUAAUUCUUAAUUCUUUAUUCCAUUCUCUUAACCAGAGUCUUCACCUUCAUCCUUGGUGUUACCGUGUUUCUCCAUCUCUCUCUGGCUAUUGUUUUAUUAUAUCACAGUUUAUUUUCAUGUUAACAUAUCUUUAAAUAAUCAACAAUUAUUGAGUCUUCUAUUCCUUUACAUUUACUUACCUUGUGAUCGUCUGACAUCAAAGUAAACAGCUUAUAUUUUUCGUGUUGUAUGGUUAAUGCCUGAUCCAACUGACAUCAUGGAACAGUUGGAUUUAUUUUCAAUCUAAUUGCCAUUGGAAUUGCUUUAUUACUGUUCUGCCAGAUUCGAUCAACAAUUUUUACCCAUUUCUUGCCAACCAAUUUGGUUGCCUUGUUUUACUUGCCUGGACAAUGUUUAAACCAGCCAUCAUCGGACUGGUCGGAUUUAUUUUAAUUGGACUUGGAAUAGCUGCACUGCUUUUUGUUCCCGAAUUUCUGCAGAAAAGUAUCCAAAAAAAAUUGGUUUUGAUUGAAGGAUCCAAAGCUUUCAAAUUAUGGGAAAAGGUGCCUUUGCCUAUUUACAACAGGUUUUACUUUUUCAAUGUAACCAACGCUCAAGCCAUUGAAAGGGAAGGAGCUAAACCCAUUCUUAAACAAAUUGGACCCUUUACCUAUCGAGUAUCAGUUGCCAAAUUUGCUGUACGCAAUAAUGAUAAUGGAACUCUUAGCUAUCGAGAAAGAAAAUCUUGGCAUUUCGAACGAUCUCUAUCAAUUACUGAUGAAAAUCAGCUGAUUACAACUUUAAAUACGCCACUGGCGUUAACAUUAACCCUUAUCCAAGGGGCAAGUCCAACUGUCAGGGUUUUGGUUACAUUGGCUUUAGAUGCGGUAACUGAAGGUUUCUUUAUCAAGAGAACAGUCCGACAAUUGCUUUUCGAAGGUUAUCCUGAUUUGUUAACCACCUUUGGUCCUCUUCUCAAUCCUGGUAUACCUUCAAAUAAUGGACGUUUUGGUUACAUGUUUCCCAAAAACAAUACAGACGAUGGACUGUAUACCAUUUUUUCAGGCUCUAGCAACAUAAACCUUCUCAAUAUGAUUGAAAGAUACAAUGGAAGAGAUCACUUGAAUUUCUGGUCUACCGAAGAAUGUAACUCACUAAAUGGAUCAACUAAUGGCCAAUUAGGACCUCCAUUGGUUCAUAAUGAUGGAUUGGGACAUGGUCAUCAUAUCAAACAACUAUUGCAACAACAGCAACAGUAUAACGCUUACCAAACAAAUGAGAAUGCAGAGGUGAACCAGGACUAUAAUCCUAAUGAACAAUUUUACGAACAGCCACCAUAUAUUAAACUGUUUGCCUCUGAAAUAUGCCGGGUUCUUCAUCUUCGUUAUAAUACAACUCAUGAACCUUAUCCUGAUCUUCCAGUUCAUCGUUAUACCUUUGAUGAGACCAAUUUUGCUUCAGCAGCCGACUAUCCUCCAAAUGAGUGUUACAUCAGUAAACUUCCUGAUCCAGCCCCAUCUUUAUUGUAUUCACUGGCUCGUAAUCCACCUUCAUCAUCACUCUCAUCAACUUUGUCAUCUUUAACCUCACCAUCAUCUGGUGGUCUUUCAUCUCCAUCCACUUCUUCCGCGCCUUCAUCACCAUUAUCACCACCCGGUGGUUCCACUUUAAUUCUUCGACCACGACGCGAACCUUUUGCCUCAGGAGUUUUCGACCUGUCUGCCUGUCGAUUCGGUGCUCCUCUCCUUUUAUCACAACCUCAUUUUCUCAACAGUCAUCCAAUUUAUCGUAACUCAGUCGAGGGUUUAGCACCCAAUGAUAGUAAACACUCUUUCUGGAUGGAUAUUGAACCUUUAACUGGAAGUACAGUUAACAUGGCUGCUCGAUUUCAGCUCAAUGUUGCCAUCAGUAAAGCUCCCGGUCUAUUUCGAUAUCGAAAUAUUCCCGACAUUGUAUUUCCCGUUUUCUGGCAAGAAUAUCAUUUUGAAUUUACCAAAGAUUUGGCUCAACAAUUGAUUGAUUUACGUUCAAUGCCUUACCUGGUUUCUUCCAUAUCAUUCUAUUCUUUCCUUUCUAUUGGCAUUAUUCUUUUAAUAAUAUCUGUUCUGGUUUAUGCACUUCCAUUCUUGAAGAUUCAUAAUCUUGAAAUAAAUGGUAAACCCAUCCAAGCAAAUUUAAAUACAUUAACUAAAGCUCCAAUAGAGGAUGAUAGAGAAGUUUUGAGCCGAAAAGCAUCUUCAAAUUGUUCAGGAGAUGGAAUUGACAAUCAAGGAAACCAUUCAACAUGUUGAUGAACAACAAGACGAUAUAAAGAGAAAAGCAAAAUUAAGCAAAAAAAUAGAUUGAGUCUAACUAUCUGUGAUAUUUAUACAAAAGCGAAAAAACUUGUUUAAAGCAUGAUUUUUGAUUUGACUUUAUUACAAUAAUUUAUGAUUGCUCAAAUAAUGAGAUUAAUGAACAUUUUUCUACCUUU